GGCACCUUUCAGUUAAAUUUUUUUUGUAUUGACAUGUUGUGAUGCGAACAGUAGAAAAUCAAAAUCGGAGUUGAAAUCGUGGAAAAAGUCUUGGAGAAGGCAGACAAAAGUAAACUUAUUGCAUCCAAUGACAAUCCGGUCAUAAUUAAUUUGAAUUUACCCAAUCAAACUCGAUGAUAAAUGUGAAUAACAUCCAGUGCAUCUUCUUCUUGUGAUUAGCUAUUUACUUGUGAGUAGUCUACCUCUAUGGUGAUUAGUGAGUGUUACCCCAGUGCUUAGUUCAUGUGAAAAGAAAUGUGAUUUAAAAAAUGGCUUAUAAAAUAACAUAACAUAAUAACAUAAUAUGACAUUAAAAACCUUGUUGAAAACAAGACACUUGACAAGUUAAACAGACAAGAUGAGAGGUUAAUUAUCUGUGGACAGAGGUCGGAAAACAAUUUUAAAAAGAUCGAAAACAUCACCAAUCUAAACAUGGAAUCUGCGGGACCACGUUCAUGUCAAAAGAAGGAAAUAUGCACCCGUAUCGAACGGCCUUCAUAGGCCUAUUUUUAAUAGGCAUUGCUAUAGCACAAGACACCUUCGAAGCCGCAUACUUGAACAGUCGAUUGUAUAAUCAAGGUGAUAUACCCGACAUAUACGGUGAAACACCAUACUGGUGGAUGAACAGAGGAUCACCAUUCAAACGCAGCUUCCAGCCAUCGUCCAGCGGAUGCGGUCCCGAAUGUCAAUCAACAUCGGGCACUUUACAAGUGACAGCUAACGAUUAUUCGAACAAUCCGUUCUUGAGCGGAAACUCAAUCUCAAGCGAUGCAUCGUAUUCGAGCAAUCCGUUUGUGAACAGUGGCAAACCGUUUGCGUCGCAAGUGGAUGCGUCAUCGGGCUCGGGACCGUACACUUAUAUGGCACCGGGAUAUUUGCCGCCACAAGAGAAUAUCGAAACCAUUCCGUGUAGUGGACAGGGAAAAGCUUGUGUUACCAAAUAUUUGUGUAAUAAUGGAUUCGUUGAAGCGUCUAAAGUGCAAGGAUCAAGUCAAAAUUGUAACUCUCAAAACGAAGUGUGCUGCACAAUUUUAGUACCAACCCAACCACCAACCCAGCCUCCAAGACCAACAACACCAUACCAACCACAGCCCCAAUCAACACCAUGCGUGGAUCAAAAUUACGGUUGUGUGUCACCUGACCAGUGUAUCAAUGGCGUUGUUGCACGAACACCCAACAGACCUUCGAGCCAAAAAUGUUUCGCACCUGAAGUGUGUUGCCGUUACGAAGACAAUUUCCCAAGUCAAAAUCAAGUUACCAAUGACGUUCGACCAACACCUCGUCCAACACCAUCAGUUACUCCCGGCGAAGUACUCACCAGCGAGGGUUAUGUAAUCACAGUACCAAAAACGAAAUUCCCUCCACCACCACCAACCACACAACGACCAUAUGUGCCACCACAAACUCAACGACCAUAUGUUCCACCGACAACUCAACGUGAAUAUGUACCACCACAAACUCAACGGCCAUAUGUUCCACCACAAACAACUCAACGUCCAUACGUUCCACCCCAAACUCAACGUCCAUACGUUCCACCCCAAACUCAACGUCCAUACGCUCCACCCCAAACUCAGCGUCCAUAUGUGCCACCACGAACCACACCAGCACCAUUCAAGGGCGAGGAAUAUAUUCCACCAAAGGACAACCAUAUCGGUGAGCCCAGCAACGAUAAUCCCUACACAAACUAUCUUCCACCCAACAAACCUGAACGAGGCGAAGACGAAAAAUCGGAACCAAUUGAAAAUCCAUCCAACGUCAACCAAAACAUAAUCAGACCAAAUCGUCCAACUGAACGGCCACAGGAUGCUGCUCCAGUCGAACCACCAACGCAAUGUCCAGCUGCUACAAAUUGUACCGAAAUUCAAUACUGCACAGCUGAAGGAAGCAUUUCGAAAUCGAUUGUUUCGCUCACCAAGGACCAAGAAAUCUAUCGUGUACCACUCUCUGAUUGUCGCAAUGUCGAGAAAGGUUUCAUUGGAAAGUGUUGCCGCGAUCCAGAUUACGUCGAUCCAUGGCCAGUAGGUAUUUUGGGACAAUAUAACGCAUCAAUUUUGGGAUUCGAUGAUGGUUCGUACAAACCCGGUGCAAGCGGUAAUGGUAAACAAGAAAGACGAAACGGAAAUCGUGCCCCGUCGCGACCAAAUGAUAUUAACAUUCCAUCUGGAUCGAAUCAAGGACUAGUUGCUAUUCGUGGACAGGCUCAACUUAGCUUACCAAUUCCUCAAACAUCGCAGACACAAAAUUCAUAUACUCGCACUCCUUUCCCACAAACCAAUCAGCCAAAUCAAAUUUUCGGCCGUGACAAGAGUCCACAGAAUUCCAUUGAACCCAUUGCAAGUGGAUCGAACGUCUGUGCCGUUCGUGAUGUGAACGCCGUUCCCAAAGGUAACGGUCCAUUUGAUGCUGCAUUCGGCGAGUUCCCAUGGCAAGCGAUGAUCUUGAAGGAAUCCACAAAAACUUUAUUGUGUGGCGGUGCUAUCGUUGAAGCUGAUACUGUAUUAACAGCUGCUCAUUGUGUUGAAGGUGUUCAAGCAUUCGACUUAUUGAUCAAGGGUGGAGAAUGGAAAUUGGGUAGCGAUGAAGAGCCAAAAUCUUUCCAAUCGAUUCGCGUUAAAUCGAUCUCAGUUCAUCCCGAAUAUCAAUCGAACAAGUACGGCCGUGACAUUGCCCUAUUGCAUUUAGAGCGACCGUUGAAAUUCGAUAAGCACAUUGGCGCAAUCUGUCUUGACGACCGUGAACCAACACCGAACGACAAUUGUGUGUGCACUGGAUGGGGAAAAGAGGCUCUUAAAUACCAUGCUGCCGGUGCUCUGAUGCAUUCCAUUCCAAUCAAUCCACUCGCUCAAUCCGAAUGCCAAGCAUCGGUUGAUGGACACAAUCCCAGCACAGCAUGUUGUGGACGACCACAAGCCGAUGCCUGCCAAUUGGAUCCAGGAAGUGCAUUGGCCUGUGACAGUGGUAAUGGCAAAUACACUCUGAAGGGUAUCUAUUCAGCGGAAACGGAAUGCGCUAGUCCGUCAACGGUAGUGACUUUCGCUAAAAUGGACGUUCCAUGGAUCAAAAAUACAAUGAGUUCACCAUCGGCCCAACCACAACAGCAGCGACAAACAGUUGCACAACCGAAUUAUCGGCCGACAUAUCAAUCACAACAGCCCAGCACAUCACAAUUAGCAUAUUCGACACAAGCACCAUCGUAUUUGCCACCGAGGCAAUAAAUUUCUUUAAAAAAAAAAAAUAAAGAAAAAAAA